CCCGGCGUCGCGCCCGAGUUGUACGAAGGCGCCGAAACGGUCUUUAUGUUCACCGACUUGGUGCAGUCCAAAAAGACGCACGUUCCGUUCGAAUUCUACGAUUUGCCCUCCUGCGAUGCCCCCGUCAUGAACAACUUUCGCCGCAAGCACAAGACGCAACGCAAGAACCUCGGAGCGCGCUUGCAAGGCGUAGAACUCAAGCCCGCACCCUACGUUCUCAAGAUACUGCAGAACAUCAACUGCAUGACUUUGUGUGAACGAAAUUUGGGAUUCCGUGAGGUCAAGAGUCUACGCAAACUUGUGGAACGACAGUAUCGCGUGCACUUUACCUUUGAUCAGCUCCCCGUACUCAUGCGCUCCUCGGAACUCAACUACGCCGUGCGCGGGUAUCCCGUCGGCUUCAAGGCACCACCUUCCUACACCGGUCUCGAUCACGAUGAAUUCUAUCUAUACAAUCAUCUCAAGUUCACUAUUACCUACCAGCCAGGACAAGGCGACGAGAGCAGUGGUGUAUACAUUACCGGGUUCGAUGUCCAUCCCGUAUCGAUUCGGCACGGGCCGGAUACCUGCAGCAACGACGAAGAGGACGGUGGUCCCAUCAACGAUCCGUCGUCGUACUUGCCCCUCACCAUGACAACAUCGGGGCAGAAGAACACGGUCGCCUACUCUUAUUCCGUCGAAUGGAUUGAGUCAGCUUUACCCUGGGCCGAUCGUUGGGACGUCUAUCUCAUCGGAAGCCCGGACGAUGACAUUCACUUUUUUGCCAUUGUCAAUUCACUCAUGAUCGUCCUCUUCUUGACUGGAGCGAUUGCUACGAUUAUGAUUCGUACCCUCAAGAAGGAUAUUUCGAGUUACAACGAAAUGUCCAUGCUCGAAGACGGCGGGGCUGAAGAAACGGGAUGGAAACUGGUACACGGAGACGUCUUUCGUCCACCGUCCACGUCGCCGAUGGCCUUGUCGGUUUUGGUCGGAACCGGUGCGCAAAUCGGAACCGCCUUUUUCAUCUCCAUGCUUUCGGCGGUAUUCAAAUUACUCAACCCCAUGAGAAAAGGACAAACUCUUACUGCCAUUCUCAUUCUCUACGUGCUUUGCGGAUCCGUUGGUGGCUACGUGUCGGCCCGCAUUUACAAAUUUUGUGAUGCCAAGGCUUGGAAAAUGAACGCCAUCUUGACGGCUACCGCCUUACCCGGAACCCUCGUUUCCAUCUUUACCGUACUCAAUAUAUUUUUGAGUAUUGCCGGAGCCGCCACGGCCGUUUCCUUUUGGGUUUUGUUGGCUCUCUUUCUCUUGUGGACGUGCGUUUCUGCGCCAUUGGUUUUCGUCGGCUCCUUUUUUGGUUUGAAGCAGGGCAAAAUUGAAAUUCCUAGCCGCGUCAAUCAAAUUGCUCGGGUCGUCCCACCCUUGCCCUGGUAUAGUUCGCCUCCCAUCUCAUUCUUGCUCGGUGGUGUGCUUCCCUUUGGCUCGGUCUGCAUUGAACUGUUCUUUAUCAUGAGUGCUCUCUGGUUACAUCAGAUUUAUUACGUUAUGGGAUUCUUGCUCGCCGUCCUGAUUAUCUUGGCCGCGACUUGUGCUCAAGUCAGUAUCGUCAUGGAUUAUUUGCAGCUAUGCAGCGAAGAUCACCGUUGGUGGUGGAAAUCAUUCGGUAACUGUGCUUCCGGCGGCGUGUAUCUGUUCGGGUAUUCACUUUGGUUUUUGGCCUCGCGAUUGGACCUGGUCGGGGUCUUGCCCGUGGUGGUGUAUCUGACCUAUAUGAGUAUGAUCAGUCUCUUGUUCGGAGUCUUCUGUGGCAGCGUCGGCUUUCUCUGCUCUUUCUGGUUCAACCAAAAAAUUUACGCUGCUCUCAAGGUAGAUUAA